UAGAAUUACGAAAAUAAAUAGGAAAUCUCGUAUCUCGUGACCGUCGCCAUGUCGCUUUAUCGGAAACGAUUAUGCAAGUCACGUUGGAUUAAUAUUCAUAACAGUUGGUCUCUCUCAUUAUGCAGAGAUAAACAAUUUAGAGCACGAAAACAAGGAUCGACGUAAAACAAUGAUGUGUUUGCCGCCUGAUAACUCUUAUCAGUCGACGGCGACUUUUUCAUCAUGCGACCUCCAUCAUUCUCGUGAGCCUCACGUUUCGUUCGUUAUUUCGUUCUCCAUUGGCUCGGCGAAUUUAGUUAAAAGAGGAUACAUUCUACAGUCCGAGCAUCCCAAAUCUAUCUAUAAGAGCUGGAAGGAUUUCAUGAGAAAUGAUUCAGACUUCUAUCAUUGCGCGGAGAAGCGGAAGGGUCGUCGAAUGAAGAUGAUACCGAUUGACCUGUGCUAGCAUCAAAGUACAUCACGUUUUCAAAUAAAGUCACGUUUAAAUCACGUUUCAGCAGCUGAUAAGCCUAGCAUUCUUAUUCGAACAUGCCCCGAUAUGCAGGGUCACCCAAUUGACCUCGAGAAUGUCGAAACGAAGAUAAACGGGGAUGUAAGUUGGCACGUUUCCAAAGGUGACUCAGUAUCUAGCCAGCAUUAAAGACGAUUAUAUAGGGAGAAAUUCCUCCCCCGCUGCUUCCCUGUUUCAAAAACAAAACAACUGUUUUGUAAUUGUUGACGGUGAAGUUUUUAAAAGUCAAUAGAAGUGAGAAAUAUGCUAAGAGAAUCAUAGUGUUUUCUUAAUUACGACUAUUUUUAAAAUAAAACUUUAAACAUAAUUCUUUUUUAUACAUAUUCGAAAUCUGAUAAUAGUGACUAUAAGUUUCUAAAUUAUCGGCCUUAUUUACAUUAUGGAAGCAAUGGGAUCUUAUCCGAUCUUGAAAUCCUUUCUGGCAGGCUCAUUCUCCGGGACGUUCUCCACGAUCCUCUUUCAACCGCUGGAUCUGGUGAAGACUAGGCUUCAAAGUAGUGUCAAUACUCCCGUCGAAUCGCCGAAAAAUGGAAUGCUGAGCACGGUAGCGAACAUCGUUCAAAAGGAGAACGUCUUCGGACUCUGGAAGGGUAUGACGCCGUCGAUAACCAGGGUAAUCCCCGGCGUAGGUCUGUACUUCUCGUCAUUGCAUUGGUUGAAGCAUGUUUUCAAUCUGGAAGAACCGCUUACGGCCCUGCAGGCGAUCUCCUUAGGCAUCACUGCGCGCUCCAUGUCCGGCGCUCUAUUGAUUCCUAUCACCGUCGUCAAGACGCGAUUCGAGAGCGGCGUUUACAAGUAUAACAGUAUCAGCGAGGCUCUGAGGUUGAUCUACAAGCAGGAAGGAGUUAGAGGUUUAUCUAGUGGUCUGGUACCUACUCUUCUACGAGACGCGCCUUACAGCGGUUUAUAUCUUAUGUUUUAUACCCAAUUGAAAAGCGUGGCUGCUAGUACAGGAGCGACGGGUGAUUCACCGAUGCCGAUUCACUUUGGUUGCGGAAUCCUCGCUGGAGUUUUAGCCUCCGUAGUCACGCAACCACCGGACGUUGUCAAAACGAAGAUGCAAUUAUAUCCGAACGAAUUCAAUGGCAUUUACCAUGCGACGUUUCUUGUCUAUAAAAAGUGCGGCGUCCUGGGAUACUUCAAAGGUAUCGUUCCCAGAAUGUUGAGGCGAACUCUGAUGACUACCAUGGCUUGGACCGUAUAUGAACAGGUGACGAGACAAAUCGGCUUGAAGUGAACGCGCUAUUAUUGUAUGAAGCUGUUUUGUACCAGAAGAGGAUUGUGCCAUGUACAGUAUUAGUAUACACUUUACAUUUGUUAUUAGUUGGCGCGAGGCAGUGUCUCUCUCUGCACCUUGCAUAUUUAUUUUUAAUAAAUCAUAUAUAUAUAUA